AUGUCAUAUCUAUCUCGCUGGGUCGUUCCUCUGUAUUUAUUGUGUGAAGCCACAGGUGUGAGCGAAGCGAUACGGAAGCGACAGUUCGAUCCAUCAGAUGCGGGUGACAGUUAUCCAUCGACUCCGAGCGCCGUGAGCUCCUUAGACCAUCUAUUGGCCGUCUAUGAUCGCAGAGUAUCUCCUGGUGAGUUUCUCAGUCAUUUGAAGAAAAUGGAUCCGGAUGUCCCUUUCCGUGGGGGGACUACCCACGUGAACAUCGAGCUUCUAAUCAGAGCGUUCGGUACCGUCAACGCCGACACGAUGGACUACGACGUGGAACUGUAUUUGCGGGAGAGUUGGGACGACAUUCGCUUCACGAGCCUCCAGUUCGGGGCGGGUACCAAUAACGAUUCGUCCCGUUUAGAUUUGAACGACGCUACUAUCAUCAAAGCUAUCUGGAAACCAGAUAUCUAUUUUCCUAACGCCAAAGAAGGCUCUUUCCAUUUUGACGUCCCAAAUGUUCUCCUGCGGAUCGAAGCGAACGGACGGGUUUUAUACUCGUUAAGGUUGAAGCUUCGGUUUUCGUGCAUGCUGGAUCUGACGAGCUACCCAUUGGAUAGACAGGAGUGUUACAUUGAACUGGCUACCUUUGCUCGUACAAAUACCGAUGUCAUGCUGCAUUGGAACGGCACGACACCGCUCACUUUCAAUCGCGGAAUAAAAAUGGCCAAUUUCGAGUUAGAGAAAGCUGAACAUUUGAACUUCUGCCCACGCACCAACUCACUUCUCGAUAUUUUUUCAUUUUCAGAACGAUCCUGUCUCUCCGUGCGAUUAUCCCUGAAACGCGCUAUCGGGCAUCAUCUUGUACAGUCUUACCUUCCAUCGAUUCUGAUCGUUGUUAUCUCGUGGGUAUCGUUUUGGCUUGAUGUCGAUGCGAUCCCGGCACGGGUCACGCUCGGCGUCACAACCUUACUGACAAUCUCCGCUGAAAGUUCUGAUAAACAGUCGAACCAAGCACCUGUGGCGUACGUGAAGGCUCUAGAUAUUUGGAUGGCAGCUUGCACCAUGUUCGUCUUCACCGCGGUUCUGGAGUUCACUUGCGUCAGCUAUCUGGCUCGCCUCAGAAGCACAGGCGAUCAUCCCAACGCAAUCGUGCCAAAUGAUGUCGUCGAUUUCAUGGCCGAGAACAGAAUCGACAGGCAGCGAGUGGAAAUCCUUGCGUCGGCCAACGAAGAUGAGCGGAAGUUCCGAGAGGUCGCUCGCAGUGUUGACCGCGUCUCUCGGCUUGGGUUCCCCGUCGCUUUCGGAAUCUUCAAUUCUCUUUAUUGGUCGUACUACAUGAAUUAG